UAUUUAAAGGACAAUCCCAUUCCCUAUUACCUUCUAAAGAAUCCUUUUAAAAAGGACAAGGCUGGAAGCGUUCCAUUGGGGUGUGAAAACCGAAUCUGGAGCCGACUUGGAAUGCUUAAUGACCCUAAGAAGAACGUUAGUUCCACUGUUGGUCUCCCAAGUCUUGAGACACCAUCCACUUUGGGUGAAACGAGUCUUUACUAUGCAAAUUCUGUCGCGCCGAUGCAAUCGAAACGAGCUAUUAAACGGGAGCGCAGGGCUCAGAAAAAGUCGAAGUUAUCAAACUGGUUCGACUUACCACGAGGUGACUUCUCAAGGGAGAAUCAGGAGGACCUUGAAAUUAUUGCGAAAAGACAAAUUCUGGUCCCCGCUCUGCAUACUCGCAAAGAAGAUGGCCGGAAGCCCUACUUUCAGGUUGGCACCGUUGUGGACGACCCAGGCUCAUUUUAUGAUCGCAUCCCUCGUAAGCAGCGCAAAAAGAAUUUGGUGGAUGAACUUCUGGCCAACGCAGAGUAUAUGAGGAAACAACGUCGUCAGUAUGCUGCUUUGCAGAAAGAACGGCAAGAAAAGCGCGCAUCGAUACAUCGCAAAAAGAAACAGCAACUAAAGAAGGCGCGCAACAUGAAAACAGUUAAGGUUGGAGAAUGA